GGAGACUUUAUUUUGCGGAGGUCUUUAAUAUUGUUAGAGCGAUCAGACGGUUCCGUGAAAAUGACGAAUCUGCGGGUGCAACAUUUUUAACACGGAGAGUGGAAAACAAACAAAUCUAACCAGUUAAUGUAAAAACUAGUUAACAAGGAAUACCGGGACUAUUGCGAGGUUCUAUGAACAUCCAUUGGUGUUUUUUAAAAAGUUUAUUGGAUGAAUGGAAAUGAAGCGAUUUUGGGACAAAACGAAUUCCAUCAAUUUUUCGGCGUAUGAUGUGUAGCGCAUGCGCACCGCUUGCUCUUCCUUUUUGAUAGCUUCUUCACCAUGGCGCCUAUUAAGAAGCAGAAUGUCAGCAAAGGUGGUAAGAAGAAAAAGCAGGUCCUAAAAUUCACACUGGACUGCACGCACCCUGUCGAAGAUGGCAUCAUGGAUGCUGCCAACUUUGAACAGUUUCUGCAGGAGCGCAUUAAAGUGAACGGCAAGGCCGGGAACCUUGGUGGCGGUGUGGUCUCCAUUGAGAGAAGCAAGAGCAAGAUUACAGUGUCCUCUGAGGUGCCCUUCUCCAAAAGAUACCUGAAGUAUCUGACAAAGAAGUACCUGAAGAAGAACAAUCUCCGUGACUGGCUGCGUGUUGUUGCCAACACCAAGGAGAGCUAUGAGCUCCGCUACUUCCAGAUUAAUCAGGAUGAAGAGGAGGAAGAAGAUGAUGAUUAAAAUGGCAAUUAAUCUGAUUUUGUGUAUUUAAAUAAAUGUUGUUUACAAUACAGA